AUGUCUGGGUAUGGUUAUGGCCCGCCGCCUCCGCCACCGUCGAGUUCCGGCUAUUCGCAUACGAGCGGUUCCUAUUCCCAUCAGGCAUUGCCAAGAGGAGGUGGAGGUGCGCAGGGUUCUCGAGGCCGCGGUGGCCAGUAUCCCCGCCCUCGAGGCGAUUUUCAUGCCUCUCCUCCUCAAGCUCACUAUGAUUACGCCGGCCAGCCCUAUCCGACACAUCAGGCUUCCUACGGAGGUUCGCAUCCCUCCGUGAGCGGCUACUCGCCUCAUCCACCCCAAUGGCCCCCUGAGCAUGGUGGCCACGCGCCACAUGGUGCGCACCCCCAUGCCCCUGCCCCGUUGUCCAAUUCAAAUUAUCAUCCAAACUACGCCCCUCAGCCCUACCCAUCGACGGCUCAGCAUGCUCAGCACGCUCAACCCCCAUCAUAUGGCUCGAUACUCCCUUAUGGGCAGCCUUAUGCUUCAACCCCACCGCAUUGGCCUCCCCAAGGCCCUCCGCAGGCCUCGCAUUACUCGGGAAGUCGUGUCCGAGGAGGAGGGGGUUAUGGGGAUCGCGGGGCGGGUAAGCCUCCCUAUCCUGCCGUUCAUGGCCGACAUGGCUAUGAGCAUGAACAGUCAUCGGCGGCUGCUGCACCAUAUGGCCAGCCAUACCCUCAUGAUCCCCGUGCGCCCCAGUAUCCCCCUUCGUCAUUUCCGUAUGCCGGGCCUCCGCUCCCACCACCGUCGACAGCACGACAGGAAAAUCAUCUUGGCCAGCACUCUCGUCGUGGACGUGGCGGAGGGCACAGGGAGACUGCGCGCGGUCGGGGUGGGCAUCAUGCCAGCAACCAUCACCAUGGCAAGAAUCGCCACAACAAGACCAACCAUAAUGAUGACAAGACAAAAGCGGAGGCACCACCGGUUGGCAAGAAAAAGAAGCGCAAGGUGAACACUCUGGGUCUGACCCCAGGCCUGGACUCUGAAUCCGAAGAUGACGAAGGCGAGGAGAAGGCUCUGACCGACUUGAUUGGGACGGAAACCCUGCAGAUCAGUGACGUCGCUGCUUUCUUGGCAGAGCGACGAAAAAACUAUCCCACCAAAGCUCGGGUGGAGGCCAAGAAGGCCGUGCAGGUUGCCCAAAAAAGCCAAAACAAGACGGCCGAACUGGAAAAGCAAGCUGAUAAGCUGAGAAAGCAACUUGCCAAGGUUGAAUCCUCCAUCAAGCGAAAGCGAGAGCAGGGGGAUGAGGGAGACGAAAUGAGAGACCCAGCCGAGAACUCGUCUGGUGAUGAGAAGCCGGAAGUCAUGUCUUCUCGCGUGCAGAAUGCAGCACCGCCCCCGGCCCCGGCCACGGCCUCGGCCAAAAAGGCCGAUGUUUCAAGGCAUUGCAAGUACUACUCCACUGGCGGAACCUGCGGGAAGAAGGGCAAGUGCCGCUUCGUCCACGAUCCUGAGGUUAGGGAAGCAGCGAUCAAGGAACGCGAGGCCAACAACGGCCGCUUGACCAUCCAGCAACGUCUCAUUCUCAAUGACAAGGAGCAAGAGGACCUGGCGGUGCUGCAGUCCAUCCAGUAUCUUCGCCAAAAGGGUCUCAUGAUGGCUUGCACAGGCGGCGAAGCGGAAGAAGGACGGGGCAAAAAGGACAAGGGAGACGAAGAGGAGGAGCAAGCAGAAAAGACGAGCGCCGAGACAGGUGCGGAGCCAGCGCUCUCGCUCUCGCUCUCGCUCUCGACUUGCAAACCAAGUCUGCUCCCGGCCGCGCCUCCCUCUUUGCCCGCGCCCCCCUCGAAACGAAAGAUGAGCAGGGCCAGUCGGAAGCCUCCACCGCAGUCGACCGAUGCAUCUGCCGAAAGUGCCGGUCAAGAUGGGGCGAAGCCUCACGAGGGUUGGCUUUUGCAGCCAUACAGCAGGGCUAAUGGCGACAAGUCCAAGAUGGAUGAUUUGCCUUGA